AUGGCACUCUGCAUCGUUAAAAGCUUUUACUUACUCCAGUCACAAUUCGAUCCAAAACAUGUCACUCAACAAUUUUUAGAAUGGAUUGAAUCUGAUCCGAAAGAUGUUGGAUUUACGACCCGACAAGCAUUAUUGAAAACCAUUCAACAUAUUGAUAAUGAAAAUGGAUGGUACAGAGGAAGUCUAGAAUUAUUUAAGGAAAAUGAGUCAAAACCAUCGAAUGGAGCUUUAAUGCGAAACGGUGUCAUUCGAUUGCUGACCAGUGACAUGAUGCAAGCUUUGGAAUGGACCAUUUUACAUUCGAUUGUGACACAUUUUUCAUUUGAGGCAGUCCUUCCCUGUAUUGUUCAUACAAUUUUGAUCGACAAGGCAUUGCAAGCACACAAUAGCAAAUCACCGCUCGAAUAUCCAACAUCAAAAACAAUUUCAGAAUUACUGAAAGGUCACACAGGUGAAUGGUUUGAAUUUAAAUCGAAGUAUUUAUUUCCUCAAAAAGUGGACCACAUAGAAUCCUUCGUCACAAAAUAUCAUCAAGUAUUUACAGAAUGGAUUCGAGCGAAUGGUGGAAAAAUCGCUCUUGAAAUGGCAGAAACAAAGCUUGUGAAUCAGUUGCAAGAUUUUGAAACAUUUGAACCUUACGAGUACAAUUACAAGAAUGUGAGUGGAUGGAGUAUUUUGAGUUUGAAAAUUGCAUUAUGGGCCUUAAAUCACAGCCUUUCCAUAAGAACAUUCAACAACAACACGACGACUACUACAACGACGAAAUUUACACCCAUUCAAGCACCUUCACAUUUACCUGAAUGGCCGUUCAAAGAACAACCCAAAGGAUUUGAAACCUUGGUUUUUGUGGUCCUGGUUGGUGCAAAUGCAGAUACCUAUGGAGCCAUUGCUGGUGCCUUUCUUGGAGCGUAUUAUCCAGAAAAUAUUCCACAAGAUUUGGUCAAUGAUUUAAUGCAACAUGAGAAAGUGGAACAAUAUGCCAAUAGUAUUUGGUAA